AUGAAGGCCUCACGCCGCAUCAACAGGACCGUCUGUGGCGCCGUCCUCUCGGCCCGGAUGCCUCAUUCCGCAACGGCACCUGUUUCCGGCCGGUCGCCGCCAUCACGAUGCAUCCAUGAGCAGAGUCGACGGCCGCGGCGGCAAGGACGACCGCGGACAACUGCGACGUCGGCUUGGUUUUUUGCCGCGGGCGCCGCAGACCCGGCCUCUGGCACGCUGUUGCCGAUGCUGUUCCCUCCGGCCUGGAACGACGCCUCGUGGCAGACACCAACGACGCAGAGGGCCAUGCAUGUCUAUGACUCGGCAUGCCGCCGGGCCCAACGGGCCACGAGAUGCCCGCGUGGCAGCCUGGAGCAUAGGCGGUCCGGCCAUACGUCCACAGCCGCGGCCAGCCGGCCGCCAUCGCAGGAGUUUGACGACAUAUUCAACGACGGCGAGCUCGAGAUCAAGAGCGACGGAGUGACGACAGCGUCACAAAGUCAGAAAAGCGGCCCUGGAAGCAGGCCGGAACAUAGUCGCGACAUAUACGGGAGGAGGAGAGCUGCAGAUAUUGAACACAGAGACGAAGAGUUCUACGACAUAUACGCAGAGGAUUAUGAUGACCGCGAUCUGGAGCCUGCUAGGUCCCCGGCGUAUACGACCACGACGCCGUCCAGGGCAGACCAGCCGUCGUCUCGAGCCUUCGACGAGGACCCCAAGAGGGAAAACGGCGCAGACAGGCUUGAUACCCGCCACAGCGAAGACCCACGGCCCGACGACAGCUACUCAGACGACUACCACUCUGACGACAUAGAGUCUAGGAACAAGCCUUCUCACGACACAUACAACACUCGUGACACCCACGAUAUUUAUCCUAACAAUGACCCCUUCAAAGACGCCUUCCACGAAGACGCAGACUCCGACAGCACUCCCUCCACAAGGAGGUUCAAUCCCGACGAUAUCCAGUACGAGGAAUUCGUAACCACACCCAGCUUCACAGACGAUUUUCGCCACAAGGACUUUCAAUCGAGCGCCUUUCACGCCGAAAACCGUGUCGCCGAUGGCGUCCAUCCUGGCCAGAAUCGGCGCGGCCACGACAUGGACGACGAGCCAUACACGUUCCCCGAAGAAAACCACUCCAGCCACUUCGACGCCUAUGACAGCUACCCCCACCAUGGCGAGCCGUACCCGGAGUCAAAGCGCGUCAGCAAGGAGGAGCUGCUUGCGCUCGUCGGCCCGCCCCUCACCGGCGACUCGGCCCACGAGUACUUGGCCCGCUUGAAAGACCCGGAUAUCCGACGGCACAAUGGUUCCUUGGAUGAUCGCGACUUGCGCGUCGUGGACGACAACGCCAGCACCGAGACGGCCAUAACGUGGGACGACGUGCAGAACCUCGACGUUCGAAUCCAACAAGCCGUGCGCGCGCUCGACCACGACGUCGUCAUGCGGCUCAAGGACCCAAGCGCCGUCCCGGCCGAGCUUGUCUACCAAUCGUACCUGCGGCUGCCCGGCAUGCGUAUGUCGUACGUGCCCGACGAACUGCGCCACGGCCUGCUCCGGUCGCUCAACAUGGAGGAGCGCAAAAACGCCAAGUCGAUGCUGCGCUUCUUUGCCGUCGUCGCCGACAUCAAGGACUGCGGCCUGCCGCUGCUGCGCGCCGAGUGGAACGCGGCCAUGGCGUUUGCCGGCCGCUACGUCGGCUGGACCACGUCGGCCGAGAACAUGGCCGUCAUCAACCUGUGGCGCGAAAUGGAAAAGGACGCGGGCAUCCGCAGCAACGAGGUGACGUUCAACAUAUUGUUCGACGCCGCAUCCAAGUCGCACAACUUUACGCUCGCCGAGAUGAUCUACGACGAGAUGCUGAAGCGCGGCCUGCGCUUCAACCGCUACCACCACGUCAGCCUCAUCCACUACUUUGGCCUCCGGCUGGACCCGGACGGCAUCCGCGCCGCCUUCCACGAGAUGGUCGAGGCGGGCGAGAUGAUUGACACGGUCGUGCUCAACUGCGUCAUGGCUGGCUUUGUGCGGUGCGGCGAAGAGGAUGCCGCCGAGCGCAUCUACACCCGCAUGCACCCCCGGUACAGGAUGCGGCAGCAGCAGCAGCAGCAGCAGCAAAAUGAACUGAGGCAGGGCAAUGGACACCCGGACGUCGUCCUCCAGAUGAAACCGAAACCGAAAAAAGGGAAGAACGCGUCGCCGCGAUCGCGUGGAAGCUUUGUUCUGUCCUCGGACGCCUCCACCGGCAACCCGCCGUUUCCCAACAGCACGGACUACAAAUCCGAGCGGAUGCUGUCGCAGGUGCUCGUCAUGCUGGCGCACGAGAACCGGUACAACGACGACCUGCGCGCCGCCCACCAGGCGCUCAUGCCCAUCCGCCCCACCCUCUCGACCUUCCGCGUCCUCAUCAACCACCACGCCUGCCGCCUCGGCAACCUCCCUGCCGUCACGCGCUACCUCGACGACAUGAAGUCGCUCGGCAUCCCCCUGCAUGGCUCCAUCUUCCAGGCGCUGUUCAAGGGCUUUGCGCUGCACGGCGGCGCGCAGGGCAUGUACACCGACUGGAGCGCCGCGCGCCUGCGCAGCAUCUGGGCCGCCCUGCUCAAGGCCCUCGACGACGGCACCGAGGGCAUGUACAUUUCCGUGUGGCUCGUCAUGUGGGUGCUGCGCGCCUUUGACCGCUGCGCCACGCCCGAGAUGGUCUUCAAGGCCUACAACUCGCUCAUGUCGCGCUGGACGCCCGACGAGGUCCAGUCCGAUUUUGCCAUUAGCGUCUUGCACAGCCUGCUCAAGGGCCGCGAGGUGAAUAAGAGGACGACCCCCGAGGAAGUCAUUGGCAGCGGCGCCCACAACAGAAUCACCAAGUACAAAGGGUUCAGCCAUAUUGAACCACGAAAGUCUGUCCUGAAACAGCUGGGCUGGCGGUCCUUUCAAUGA